AUGGGUGGUUCCAACAGAGAAGGUGGCAAGGUCAAGCCUCUCAAGGCUCCCAAGAAGAACGCCAAGGAUCUCGACGAUGACGAUCUCGCUUACCUCGAGAGGAAGAAGGCCGAGGAGAAGGCUCGCAAGGAGAUGGCCGCUAAGGCCUCCGGCAAGGGCCCUUUGAACACGGGCAACCAGGGUAUCAAGAAGAGCGGCAAGAAAUGA